AUGUGUAAAGCAACAAAACAACCGGCACAUUCUCAUUACUUAGUCCGAAAAUUUACUCUUGAUUAUGGAAUAGAAAAGAUAUGUACUAAAAUGGAUCUGGCAAGUCAGAUUCUAACUGCCGUAGAAUUUAAUUGGGAUCAACCUUGUCUCGGUACGAGAGACAGAUGUAAAAUGGAUCUAAAUAAUUAUGAAAAUUCAUACUCUUGGCAGACAUUCAAAAUAGUAGGUGAUAGAAUAAAAAAUUUCAGUUAUGGACUGUCAAGUUUGCUACAACCACGAGAUUAUUUGGGUAUUUGUGCAGUUAAUCGACCUGAAUGGAUAAUUGCUGAUUUUGCUUGUAUUUUACAAAGUAUUAUCAGUGUACCAAUUUCCAGUCGGUUAAGCGAUCAUGAUAUAAUUUUUAUUAUUAAUAAUACACGAAUAUCUGCUAUUGUAUGUGAUCAGGAAAUGUUAUCAAAAUUUAUUCAAAUACAUUCGGAAUGUUCAACAUUACGUCAUCUCAUCUGUAUGGAUCCUAUCUUUGAAACUAUUUCCGAUAAAUAUUCAUUAUACGAGAAUAUGAAUAUAAUAGAAAAAGAUGGUCUUUCAAUUCAUUACAUGAACAAUAUCGAAAAACAUGGAUCUACGAAGAAACGUGAAUAUAUUAUUAAUGAACCUAAUGAUUGUAUUACCGUAGUAUAUACAAGUGGAAGUUCAGGAUUUCCUAAAGGAGCAAUGUUAUCGGAAAAAGUCUUCAAACAGCAGUAUCCAACAGAAUACGUAUCUAAAUUAGAAAAAUCUGUGAAAUUUUGCUAUCGGCCAUUAGUAUGGAUAACUGAUCGUAAGGCUACAAUUCUAGGAUUUUUAAAAGGAGGAUCUACUGGAUUCUCAACGGGAAAUGUAGCACAACUUACAGAAGAAUUAGCUUUGGUUGAGCCUACAUCUUUUUCUGCACAACCCACGUUUUGGAAUAAGAUUUAUUUGGAAUUCAAUACAAUGUUAUUAUUAUCAGGUAUGGAUAAUGAAGAAUGUCUUCUUGAACAAUUUUCUAAAAUAAUUCCAGCGCGAUGUCGAGUUAUUUCCGUUGGUGGUGCUAUGGUUAGUUCAACGAUAUUAAAAUUUAUUCAACGAUGUUUUCGACAUUGUAAAAUAGUUGAAUCGUAUGGAACUACAGAAUGUGGAAGAAUAACAUUUGAUUAUGAUUUUCUUAGAACAAUGAUUGAUUAUCGUCUUGAAUCUGCUACAGAAAUAGGAUAUACAUUGAACGAUAAACCAUAUCCACGAGGAGAACUUCUAGUUAAAACUACACAAAUGUUUUCCGGAUAUAUCAACAAUCCCGAAGAAACGAAAGAAGCACUUACUGAAGAUGGAUUCUUUCGAACAGGUGAUAUUGUUGAAUUGCGCGGUGUAACAAAACAGAAACCUGAUAUACAUGUAAUUGAUCGUAAGAAAAAUUUCUUUAAACUCUCUCAAGGACAAUUUAUUUCGCCAGAAUCUCUUGAAUGUAUUUAUUUAUAA